GAAAAUGAAAGUGACAUUGAAUCUAAUAGCGAUGACAGUGUUGGUAGAAACAAAUCCCUUCAAUACUCCCUCGAAGAAAGUGAGGAGGAAAGAAGUGACUCGACUGACAGGUCUGACAAUGAAAGCAACUCUGAUAGCGAGAUAGACAAAGAUGACAGUGCCUCCUUCAUUUACGGUGUUGAGUCAGCAGACCCGGUAUGCGUAAAACUCAAUGACUUAAUCCGCAGAGGAAAGAUUGAAAAGUCUCGUAUAUUUUAUAAAUAUUUGAAAGAUGUGCUUGAAGUUUAUUACGAUCCUCUGCACAAGUAUGAUAAGGAUGUUAUCGAAUUUUUUAAUUCCAUUACUUAUCUCGGAGGGAGGAAAGUCGCUUGCUUCAUUAGAGGCCCCAUUAACUGCAAGGAAGGAAGAGGAAGUCAUCUCAACACCAACAACGAAAAGAGGAUGAAUCUCGGGGGACCCGCAUAUAAGACAUGCCUCAAACAUCAAGCUGGCUAUACAAACAAACCUGGAGUCUGGAAACCGCUGUCGUUAGGCCAUCUAAGUCUAUUACAAAUAUUUAACUCCCUUCCAGUUCUCAAAACGGGUGAGCUAAUUGCAUAUCCCUGCUGUUUGGCCAACGAUGGAACCGCGCUUAAACCAGCUAUCGAGUUUGACGAAAGGCUUAAGGAAAAUGUGGGAUUAACAAGAAAUCUAAAAAUUGACUUCGUCAAAAGUAAUCCCCAACCUACAACAGCAUUUCUUAAAGAUAACUUGGUUACCGAGGCCAUCGUUUCCUCUGUGACCAGUCUUGAUAACAAAUGUAGUCUACCGUGCGCUAUAGAGUACGCAACAAAAGCAGGAAAGACUGCAGAAUCCUGUAAGGAAAUGUUCGAAAAGCAAGUACGAAUCCUGCAGACGUGCGAGGCUUGUCAAACGAGAUCUCUCGUAACAAAGCACAUUCUCGGGCAUUGCUAUGAACAGUGCCAAAGCUUUUGUGAAACAUGCUUUGGUAUGAAAGAACUGUGCGAAGAGUGCAAAGCAAAAGGUCAUGUAAGCUACCAUCCAGCAAUUCGUGCUUGCUCAUGGUGCCUUGAGAACGGUGCGCAGUGUGUAAGGAGAGUAAUAUUUGUUAUUGUGGCGGAUUGCGAAACAGGCAACAAAGGGGCUUUUAUACUGAUACGAAAGAGUAUCGAGGAGGGAACAAUAGAUGCUUAUCUUUCUCUCCUAAACCAUUUUACCCGACUGUCCCCACGUAGGAAAAAGCUUAAAGGCCUCCUUUAGUAACUGGUGGCUUAAGUUAUGUAAUGAGCGCGGCAACCUUGGCUUGCUUCGUACCCUUAGGAAUCGUGCCGGUAGUGCCACUAUGACCACAAUGAGGAAACUUGUUCAACGGAACGAUCACGUAAAGAACAAGGACCGGCAAGAUCCAGUUGCCGUACUGACGUUAUGUUCAGAAGAUUUAACCUCGUUUCUAUCUAACGUAGGUUAUGUAUGCCACACAAUCAUUCCGGAGCUGGACAAGUUCACGGAAAACAACCGUCUUGGGAUGUACCCCAGCCCUAUAAGUGUUGCCGUCGGAAAGUACGGAUGGCUGUUGUUUCUGACAUGGGACAGCAAGCAGGGCUCUUCAAUCCUUCAUCGUGCUCGUCUGCACAGCCCUGUUGACAAGAUAUCAGUUGUCAAAAAGAAUCUCCCUUCAAAUCAGGUGCAAUGUGUUCAAGAUGUAGCAUUCCUUUCUUCACAGGAUGGUCCUGUGUUAGUGGUUGAGCUUGAAAAAAACAACUGUUACCUUACACCAAGCAAGAUAACAUCAUCAAAGAGAUGGGACGAGCUGAAGCAACAGUUUAGCCUGACAAUGACUGGAACUUUGGUUGAAACUCGCAAGCAAGCUGAUCGUUUCCUACAAAGCAAAGAGAAGGAGUAUUCGACGAAUGGACAUGACAUGGAGCAAAUAAACUUCCAGGACAAAGCCGUGCAGGACCACAUUCAGGCAAUCACGCUGAUUGACCGCGAGCUUAUGUACCUGGCGGCUGCAAGCUCAAAGAGAAUUUUAAGCGCCCAACUUAAAUAUGACGGUUAUGGAAUCUGUGCCACAAAUGUCCAGGAAGUAAUAGGGUAUGGCGAGGGCUGGGAAUGUGUCACCAGUGUUUGUUUUUGGCGCAACAAGUUAUUUGCUUCACACGCUGAAGGAAUAUCUGUGGUGUGUCUUGAGUCGCAUCAAUGCCAUGCUGUCUACAGGUCAAAUCAUGCCAAAUGCACGGUGGUGCCCUUCAAAAAUGGUGCUCUCUUUACCGAUCAACAAGAAGCGACCCUCUACCAGAUCGACGAAGAGGAAAAUAUUCAUAUAUUUGCUGGCAGUGAAACAGAAGGUUCUCUUGAUGGACUUGUCGCAGAAUGCAAGUUCAAGCAACCAAUGGGAAUUGCGUGGAGUUUGACAACGUUGUCUACAUGUGUGAUCCACAGUCAAAUUGUGUUAAAGUGA